AUGGAUAUAAAAGACUGUGGAGCUGCUGCAUCCAGAUCAUCUGCAGACGGCGGUUCUGUGAGAUUCCUGAAUACAGCAGCAGCUCCUGAGGAAGAUUUCAUCUCAACUCUGAAAAUGAGCAAAGAAGGAAUGAAGGAACCACUGAAGCUGGUGUUACUGGGCUACAAGAAUAUGGGCAAGAGUGCAACGUCUAACACCAUCCUGGGCUGUGAUAAAUUUAUUUCUGGGAUUGGAAGGUCCAACACGACGCGGAAUGCAGUCGAUCACACCGGAGAGGUGGACGAUAGAGAGGUGAUGGUGGUGGACACUCCGGCCAUGUACGACAGUGGUCUAAACGAUCACUUGUUGAAAGAAGAGCUGAAGAACGCCCUGAUCUGCUGUGAUCCAGGACCCCAUGUCUUUCUCUUCGUCGUUGCUCUGGGAAAUAUGUCAGAGAAGCAUGGUGAGAUACUGAAAAAAGUGAAUAAGACGUUGCGUUCAGAUGUUAGCUCCUUCUCCAUGGUGCUCUUCACUAAUGGUGACAGUCUGAAGCCAGGAGAUAAGCUAGAUAAUAUUAUUAAAAUGGAUCAGGGCUUGAAGGAACUGAUUGAGAGUUGUGGGGGGCGUUACAAGGUGUUCAACAAUAAAGACAAGGAAAAAAAACAGGUCAAAGAGCUUCUAGCUCAGAUUGAUGAUGAGAUGAAGAAGAGAAGCCCUGAGAAUUUGCAUUACACAAGUCCUAUCACCAAGGAAAAGAUCACCUGGGUAACUAAAUACUGUACUCUUCAUACCCUGGCGCUCGUGGGGGGUUCAGCCGUUAUGAUGCUCAGCAAGAGUUCUGCUCUUGCAAAAGUGGUGGAGCAGCUCGGCCUCAAUGAUGCGGUCAUGGCGUUCGAUUUCGACUACGUCAUGCAAACCGUAGAGUCGGUUGUGGGCCUGUUCUGAAGAGGUUUUAGAGAGAGGGCGAUCACUGUGGGGAAUUGUACGGGGAAAUUUGAGCGUAGUGAAUGUAACCAGGUCUAUUUGUGGGUACUGGGUAGGUCUCAGGGUAGUGGUUGAGUCUUGGAAUGGUUGAGAUGACAUCGUUAGGUACUUCUUCCCCUACACUCCUUUUACAGUAUAUAUAUGCUUCCAUUCCCUUAUAUCAUUAAGCAGUGCGACAUCAGUUAUCAUCAACAUGCAGAUGAUACGCUCAGCCUAGAUUUUUUUAGGGCCUUUAGAGAACUUUUGCUGUAGUAAAACAUGAUAAAAAGUUCUUAUCUUUGAUGAAUAGCUCACCUCCGCUCUCCCACAGCAUUCAGAGAUCCAGAAAUUUUAACAGUUUAUCCAACAAACACCCUUCAGACUGGGUGAUACGGGGCAUAAUUUACCCUGAUAAAUCACUUUUUACACCGUUAUAAAGCUCAAAGUAGCUCCACACCUCCUUACUAGAAUCCGAGAGGAGAGUCCUGACAUUUAAAACGAGGCAUUAAUAACUUAAAAAGUGCAGAAGAAGAUUAUUAAUAUGUGCGCCACUAUAUUUGUAUUGAUCAUGUCAUAGACAUAUAUAUAUAUAUAUAUAUA